GUGAACUGCAGUGCCAGUGCAGGGAAGUUUUUUUCCCCCUGUUACUUCUACUUUUAUAAUGUGAUGUUUCACUUAGAAUAUUUUCAGAACGUUUAGAACGUUUUUCGAUCUCUACAUCCAACGGUGGUCUACAUCCUUAAAGACAUUGUGGAUGUAGAGUACAAACAUGUCCAAGCUUACUUUUCGUAACUCUCAGCUGCUGCUGUCGGAUCAGAAGUGUGCUAAAUGUCUGUUAGAGACGUACGUCAAGCGGAGCCUCAGCUUGAAUGAAGGAAGCAGGAAACAUCAGGUGAAACAACUCAAAUGGCUUAAACGAGGAAAGCAGUCCAGACGGGCGUCCAGCGACACCUCCACCCACCGGCUGUCCAUAGAGAGGCUUCUGAAGACCAACGAGUGCCCUACAUGCACAACAUCAGAAUUUGUUACAAGGGCUGAGACCCGGAAAGCACCAGGCAGAACCAAAUCAUUCUUCAGAGGUUUUCUCCACCUCUUCUCUAAGAAGAAGACUGACCCCAAAGUGAAAGAAGAACAAGUUACAGAAACAGAGUCUGGACAAGAACAGGGGCUUCGCUCUUCUUAUAAAGGCUCAUCUGGUCAUGGUGAGACUUUGAGGAAAAAACACACUCUGAGAAGACUCUUCUUUACCAUCCAAAAUGAUGAGAAAAGAGAGUCAUUACAAAAUGACUCCCCUCUUGUACUUGAUGGAGUGGACGAGCUUUCAGAUGGCAGCGUGGACUCCAAUAACACAUACUUUGAGAAAGUGUCAGAAGAAUUGGAGUUAAUUGUAAAGGAGAUUCAGUUCAGUCCAAAUGAAGAUUCAGUACCGCUGUCCUCUGCUGCUUCUGUGGGAGAUUGCAGCUUUUCAGGUGAUGACACUACGGAGAGGAUUAUCAGCCUGCUGAAGCAACACGGAGAUAUUAUUGAUAAAAAGAUAAGCAGGAACAAGAGUGUCCAAGACUUCCUCAAGAAACUAUCUUACAGCUCCUUCCAGCAGCUCGCUGAUCGCUACAUAGCUCAGAUCCCCAGUCCUCUUCCCCAGACCACAGACGCCUCUCCUGACCUGGUCAGACUGGCCUUCACCCUGGACUUCACUGCCAAAGUGGCUGGACUGUGCAGCCAGACGGUCGGUCGAAUCAUGGGGUUUGGUUAUCAGUACCUCCAGGAUUCCUUCACGCAAAUGUGUGCGGCCCACAGACAGGUGCCUGGAGAUUUGGAAGAACAGAAUACAAGCGACCCAGACUGACUGUGAAGUCAAAAACGACAAAAGUGCAAUAGGGUAAACUAAAAAAAACAAAAAAAACAACUGUGAUAUAUUUGUAGCUGCUUUUGUGAGCAACCCAGUAGUUUAGUAGUUUGUUUAUACUGUAAGCUUUAUACCACUGUAGAAAUUGCAACAGGGUUAAACCUGAUGCAAAAGCUGUGAAUAAGAAAUAUGUCUUGAACACCAAAUCAGCAUAUUAGAUUGAUUUCUGAAUGAUAAUGUGAAACUGAAGACUGAAGUAAUGACUGAUUAUUUUUAAAUUAUAAUUAAGCUAUUUUAAGGUUUAAUCAUAGCAUUACUGUUUUUAUUGUAUUUGAAUUCUUUUAAAAACAUUUUUUAAAAUCAUACCAACCCCAUGCUUCAUGCUGUGUGUAAGCUCUUUUCAGAACUGAUAUUUAUGCUAAACAACAUUAAACUUUGUUAUAAAAUGAAAGAUAUGGAUCACAACUAACGUAUUAUUUGUCUAGUUUUUAAAAGGUCAUGCUUUUUAACUGAGGAGGUUUCGUCUGUGGAGGGACCAGGAGAUGUUUGUUCUGAUGGUAGUCGAUGCAUCAUACGACUGCAUGAUUGAGGUUCUGUUUCGAUAUGCUCUGUUUUGUGCCAUUGUGGUAAAAUUGUUUAGUAAAAUGACAUUUGGUCUCAUCUGAAAAGAUAAUGUCUUUAUAAAUGCUUGCCAUGAAAUAAUGGCAGCAUUUGUUAGUUAAUGGCUGUAGUGGCGUCUGGAACUGUAUUAGCCACCCUUGACAUUUCAGUUUGUCCUGUAUGAACACAUUCUGCAUUGAGCAGCAUUGCUAAUCAAUUUCAGCUGAUUCCUGGAGUUUGAAGUCACAUCUUGAUCUAAACAGGUCCUGUGAUCUAACCACCUAUUUAAUAGUCAGCUGUGACCAUACAACACAGGUGUCCUAUAUAUUCUGAAUCUGAAAUGAUUAAAAAUCAUCUUAAAUCUGCUUAAUUUAGCUCACAUAUAUACCAGACUACCAGUCUGUAAGAUUUUUAAUGUUUUUUGAUUGUUUUUUUUUUUUUUUAGUUUCUUAUGCCCACCAA